AUGUUGUUUAUGCAAAGGAAACCUGCCCUUUCAUCCCUCCAUCUCGCGCCGGACCAUGGAUACACCGAGCGCUCAUGGAACCAUACAACUCCCAGGGCGAGCACCUCAAUCGCCGAUUGCCGCAACCAGCAGUUGGCAACCGCUCUCUUAAUCUCCUCCUCAUCUUCGGCCCUGCUGCGGUCUCCAGUGACCUCUACCAGCGAGGUCCUUUCUUCAGUGAUAAUUUCGCCUGGUGAGGAUGAUUCGAAUCAGUACGCUCGUACUUGGCCAUUCGAUACGCGACCCAACCGCACUCCAACCGGAACCGUCGAUGCGCUGAACUUCAGUUCGGAGUCGCCGCUUCAAAAUAAUAGUCUGGAACUAUCCCCAACUUCCUCGCAUUCUUCCCAGGCAUACAGUUUUGCUGUCGUAUCCUCUCCUGAUACAGAUAUGACGGCGGACGAGGUGACACCAAAAGUGGAAGAAAUAGAGGAUGAGGCAGCCGUAUCGCUAGAAGGAAUCAAGCAACAAGACAAGGACUCGGAUUUGCAAACGUGCUCUGCGGAGACUACAGUGCGAAAUGUCAUUGAGGGUCCGAGGAAACGAGGUAGACCGCGGAAACACCCAUUACCAACACCCGGUCUAGCAAAAGUCGCCAAAGGAAGAUCCAAAACUGGCUGUAUUACUUGCAGACGAAGAAAGAAAAAAUGCGACGAGACGAAGCCGUCUUGUUUGAAUUGUCAAAAGAACGCGGUUGUCUGUGAGGGUUACCCAAUGAAAGAGAUAUGGAAAAGUGGAAAGCAGAAAAUGGAAGAGGCAGUUCGAAGGAACUAUCUUGCAGCCAUCCCGCGUGGUCUUCCGAUCUUGAUAGAUGGGAUAGAAACGGAUAUUGAUCGAAAAUUUCUUGACCACUUUGUUUUCGACUUUAGUAGAGUUCUUACUCUUAUUAACGACGACUCUAAUCCGUUCAAGGAGAUUUUGUUACCAAUGGCCACUCAGCACCGGGGUCUUAUGCAUUCGUUAAUGUGCCUCUCCGGAUCACAUCUUUCCACGAGAGAUCCAGACCCGCAAUUUAAAGAGCGUAAACACUAUCACUUUGACCAGGCAAUCACAAAUUUAAGGGUAAUAAUAGCGUCGCAAGCGGAAUCAGCCGAUGAACCAGAACUUCCUGUAGAUGAUCCUAUGAUUGCGGCUACUCUCGCACUGUGCUUGAAAACGAUAUGUGAGGGAGAAACCAGGGGGGAGUAUAGAUCCCAUAUGGAUGCCACCCGGUAUUUCCUCCGGACUCACCCGCCAAAAAAUGAAAAAUUCAAACAAUUCAUUAUUGAGUUUUUCCAAUACCAUGACAUUUCAAACUCCUUAACUACUCUGGACCGCCGACCCAUUUGCCUUACGGGUGACCUUCGCCUACCAGACUUUGUCCCGCAUGCUCAGGCUGGCGCACUCUUGGGCAUCUUUGAUGGCUUGUUCCAUUAUAUAUCAGAAAUCACAGUUCUCCGUGAUAGAAUUCGACAGCGGAUUAUGCAAGGUGUAGAACCCUCGAUCGACUACCAGACACUGAGCGAAGCUGUGUCGAUUGACUCGUUGAUACGAGCAUGGGAGCCAAUAUACCCUCCAGAUAAUCCGAACUGGUUUGCGGCGCAGUUGUACAGGCAGUCGACAUGGGUUUACCUCUAUCGAACCAUAUGCCCCUCGCGCCCAAGUGAGAAAAUAGCUCAAGUCGUGGAUGAUGGUCUUCUGUUUCUUGACCAACUUCCCAUUGACGCUGGUGCCAAUUCUAUCAUGUUAAUGCCGCUGUUUCUGCUUGGCUGUUCAGCCUUCGAGACUAAACAACGCGAGCGCAUAAAGAGAGGUUUUGAUAGCCUUCAAGCCUAUUCAAGCUUGCGGAAUAUAGAACCGGCCUUUCGUGUUGUUGAGAAAGUUUGGAGAGUCAUGGACCAUAGUAUUGAGGAAAGCUGGGAUUGGGAGAAGAUCAUUGAGGAUAUGGAUAUGGAUUUCUUGAUUACUUGA